UUCAUAAUAACUUUUUCUCAGUUUAUACCAUUUGUGCUUAUCUUAAUUGAGCAAAACAUUGAUCAAAAAGAUGGGUUUUGAGACAUGCGGACCAAACGAAGCCAUGGUUGUAUCUGGAUGCGGAUACGGGCGUCCGCUAAUGAUUCCUGGUGGCCGAGUUUGGAAAUGGCCAAUGAUUCAACAAAUCCAAAGAAUUUCGUUGAAUACAAUGACAUUACGAAUUAAAAGUGAGAACGUAAAUACACAGAAGGGUGUUCCUAUCUCUUGUGUUGGAGUAGCACAGGUAAAAAUACAAGGACAAAACCAAGAAAUGUUGGCAAAUGCCUGCAUGCAAUUUCUUGGUAAGAGAGAAACAGAGAUUCAAAAUAUUGCACUUGAAACAUUGGAAGGUCAUCAGAGAGCCAUUAUGGGAAAUAUGACUGUUGAAGAAAUCUACCAGGAUAGGAAAAAGUUUGCAAAGCAAGUGUUUGAAGUUGCUUCAUCAGAUCUUAUCAAUAUGGGAAUUACUGUUGUAUCUUAUACCCUCAAAGAUGUAACAGACAGUGAAGGAUAUCUAUCUGCUCUUGGUAAAGCAAGAACAGCACAGAUUCAUAGAGAUGCAAGGAUUGGAGAAGCUGAAGCUAAAAGGGAUGCUGGCAUCAAAGAAGCUUUGGCAAAUCAAGCAAAAAUGAAGGCAAAAUUUGAAAAUGAUGCGAAAAUUGCCGAAUCGAAACGUGAUUUUGAGCUAAAGAAAGCUGCUUAUGACAAAGAGGUCAGCACGAAAAAAGCAGAAUCCGAACUGGCGUACAAUCUUCAAGAAGCCAUCACGAAACAGUCGAUUAAAGAAGCCGAAAUGCAGAUUAAGGUUGAAGAAAGAAACAAACAAAUUCAAGUACAAGAACAGGAAAUCAGCAGACGAGAUAAAGAACUCACAGCUCAGGUCAAAAAACCAGCAGAAGCUGAGAAAUUCAGAAUGGAAAGAAUUGCUGAGGCUGAAAGAAACAGGAUCAUCUUGGAGGCAGACGCAACUGCCCAAUCUAUUCAAAUGAAGGGAGAAGCAGAAGCAUUUGCUGUGGAAGCCAAAGCUAAGGCAGAAGCUGAACAGAUGGCAAAGAAAGCCGAUGCUUGGAAAGAUUACCAAGAGGCCGCCAUGGUUGAUAUGGUUCUCUCUACCCUGCCUAAGAUCGCUGCUGAAAUUGCUGCACCUCUAUCUGCUACAAAGAAAAUCACUAUGGUGUCAAGCGGAAAGGGGGAUAUCGGUGCGGCUAAACUGACAAGCGAGGUUCUUGACGUUGUUGCUAGACUUCCAGCUGUCGUCGAGAAGCUUACCGGUGUCAACAUGACGAAAGCCCUCAAUAUUAAGGUGUAACUGACAACCUCUGACUUUAAAAAAUUUUUUUGGAUUUUUCCACCAGAUUUUUUACACUAUUAAGAGUUGUUUCAAAGAAUAAUUGUCAACUUUAACAAUUAAUUUACCCCAGUCUCGACUUAACAAUUAUGAAUAACAAAAAUAAUGAAUAACCAAUCUCCAGUUUCAUGGAAUAAUGAUUUCAAUUUAGGCAUAAUCUGUUAUGCAUGAUUAGGUAUUAUUUGCUUAACUCUAUUAAAUUGACCGCAAAGUAAAAAAUAUGUUUUGGACAGAAUUUUAUAUGCAUCAUUGGGCAUGAUUUGGUAUUAGCUUUUUUGACUAUGAUAUGUUAUUUACUGUAAAAAAAGAUAUAAUUUUGGCAGAAUUCGUCAUGCAUCAUUAUGCAUUAACUCUUUAUGUUGUACAUUCAAUAAAGAAUUUUACUAGGUUAAAAUUUUUUAUGCAUCAUUAGGCAUUGACUCUUAUGUUGUUCACUCAAAGAAUAUUAUUUUUGGCAGAAAUUUUUAUGCGUCAAGGGGCAUGGUUUGAUAUAAUUUUAUUUAUUCUUUGAUGUUUCAAUAAGAUUUGUGGAAAAAAAAGAAUUCGCAUCCAUUGCUAUUAUAUUCAAUAUCAAACCAUUUGUAACCUUGUUUUUAUAAUCGAUUAAGCUGGUGGCCAUAUCAUUUGGUAAAUGUUUUAAAUUCGGUUUUUUACUUAUAACCAUAAGUACGCUUUUUAUUGUUGGUAUUACGUAAUGGUAAAAUGUCAUAAAUUCUGAUGGAAGCAUCUAAAUCACUAAGGGUUGACGACUGUUUGUUGCUGUACUUGAUGCACAGCAGUAGACCACCAUAUUUUAGGGUGUUUAUCGCCCUGUAUUGAAUUGUAUUAAAAAAAAUCGAUGUGCUUCACACAACUAAUGGUGGACAUAUAUACGCAUGUAUAAAAAAAGCUAGUAAGAUAUAUCGAGAACUGACUUAAUAAAAAAAAUUGUAAUAAAACAGGACUUUAUGAACACCCUAUAUAUAUGUCGGUGGACUAAAAUGUCUCAAAAUCGAUAAAUAUACAAAAGAUAUACUGUAAACAUGCAUAAACGCCCUUUUUUUUAUCAAUUUCCACAGUCACUGGUUUUUAUUUCACAUCAUGGUACUCAUUGCAUUCAUUUUUAUUUUAUUUUUGUGUGAAUAUCUAAUAAUCAGAGGUUUGUGCAAGAGAAGUCGCAGGAAACCUAACAAGAGAGGAGCACGGUUUAAGGAAAUGAUAUAUAUACUGUAUUUGGAAUAUCCUCGUUUUUUUUUUUAAUCAUUGCUAUUACGUGUGAAAAUCUUGAUUGAGAAUGGUGUCCAUAAAGUCCUAAAUUUUUUUCUUGAUACCAUAUAUUGUUUUGGCCAUUGCAAAUGUAUUAAAUGAAGUGAAAAUACUUGAACAAGUUAGGAUUAAAGAACAACAAACCUGUUUAAAAAAUAUUGAGAACUGACUUCAUAACAUGAUUGAAAUUGUGAAAGGAUUUUAUGGACAUCCUGUAUAUUUUUACCCCAUGAAAGAUAAACGUGAAAUUCUGAAUCUUCAUUUAUGAGAUUGAUAAUGUUAAAAUCAAGUGUUGGGGAGAGUCACUAAACCCUGAGUCUGGCGUCACAAUUCAUCUGAGCUAAGUCGACUAGUUGAUUUCUCAAGUCUUUGCUAAUCAGUAACUCAAAUUACGUGUAACACUUUGGUUUAAGUUCUGACCAUGUGAAUAAGAAUAUUGGCAACCUAUAUAAGAUCCUUGGGCGUCACUGCCCGAUAGCCAGCUUUGGGUCUUCGCAGCAUCCCUUCCCCAGAUAUUAAUUGUGAUUAUCCUUUUUCUUUGUAUUUUGUGUAAUAUAGUCAAUGACUUUGGCCUCCCAACACUCCUAAAAUCACUCUUAAUUUUAAAACCUGUUUAAUGUUUCUGUACAUUUGGUUUUCCUAACAUUUGUCAUAACAACCUUUUCCCUAUUUUAUAUAAAAACUAGCUGAAUAUUAAUGUAUGUUGCAUUUCAAAUCAUUGCCUAAUGCUGUCCAAUCGAAAAUGAUUUAAACAGCUUGGUGAAAAACAGAGAGAGUCUUAGUCAUGGUGUUAUUUUUUGUGUGGAAGGCUAUUUUUCAUUGAAUUUGUUCUCAUCUUCAUUGCUUAGUUCUAGCUUUCAUAACAUGCCUUUUAUUUUGAUCUUGCUUCUACCUACCUUUGAAAACCUGAAUUUUGAAUGUUUCUGAUCCGUUCUAUUUAGUCUACUAGGAUUCAUGAGAAAUCAUUGUCAUAACUGACGUGCUUAUUUGUUGAGAAUAAUGGAAGUCACCCAAAUUUUUCACUCUUAUUGAAAAAAACUAGAAACUGUUGUUCAUUUAGUGAUUGUAUUUAACUACACAUUAAUUGAGCAAUGGUGUAGUGUGAGUAGGUCCUAUUACACUGGCAUGAUUGCGUUUUUUUUUUCAAAAAUAGCAGCUUUUUUCUAGCAGUCUGCCUGCCCAUGUUCAGAGCUGAAAGACAAAUAAGCGCUUACCAUUUGAAAAAGCUUCAUUUGAAAAUAACACUUGUAGAAGUAGUAUCGUGUAGAAACUUUAUGCAGUAUUUUACUCCUUUGGAUUUGAGAUAUUUGUGUCACCGUUAGACAUUGUUAAAGCCAGUUGUCAACUGGGUAGCAGUAAGUAUUGUGUGAUAACCUGUGUGGAAACUUGAUUUGAUGCAUUUUAUAUAAAUGUGAUAUUCUAAGAUCGUGAGAGAAAAAACGUUUUUCGGAUGGUUAAACUAGGCAUACAAGAUGGUAUUAUUGGCAAAAUUGUUGGUUUGUGCAAAGGUUUUUCUCGCAAUGUGCCAGCCCGUUAGAAAAACCAAAGUUUCAAUAUGCUCGGCUUUUUGCAUUUUUCAGGGAUUGAUUUUAGAUGUAGAAUUUUUGUUUCUUUUAUUCACUGAUGUUUUCAUGUGCAUGCUGUAAAAUAAAAUGUAACCAAGAAA